GUAACCAUACAUUAUGGGUGAUGUGUCUGGAUUCACUUUGUCUUUGUGUCACGUUCUCUAAGAGUGAAGAAAGAAAGAAGAUACUAAUUCAUGAAGAUGAUGGUCAAUUUGUAGUUGAAACUUAAAGAGUGAUCUAUCUAUGGCGAACCUGUUCUGUUCUGUCACGAGAGACCCUUUUGAGUCAUGAAGCAAAAAACGCCUUCUUCACCAACCACUGCAAGAAAUGCGUCGAAGAUGCAAGGUGACAAGUCCCUGCAGAGUCCUCCACCACCACCACCACCACGCCUCAGAGCUUCUUCUAAGGCUCCGAAGUCACCGCCAGAGAUUGUAAAUAGGGAAUCCAUUUCAUCAACCAGAGCUAAAUCAGUGCCUCCAGACUUGAAGAACGUUUCAAGGGCCAAAAGGGGUGUUGUGGUGAACAAGCCUAAGUUGAAUGAAGAGGCUAAGGUUGUUGUUGUUGCUAGGCCACGGCGGAGGGUUGGGGAUUUUGAUCUGCAAAAGAAUGAAGACGAUGAUCCUGAUGGGAAGAAGAAGAAGGAGUUGCAGGAGAAGCUAGAGGUGAGUGAGAAUUUGAUCAAGAGUUUGCAAUCUGAGGUGCUUGCAUUGAGGGAGGAAUUGGAUAGAGUUAAGAGCUUGAAUGUGGAGCUUGAGUCUCGGAACACAAAGCUCACUCAGAAUCUUGCUGCUGCUGAAGCUAAGAUAUCAACUGUUGACAUUGGCAACAAUGGAAAGAAGGGGCCAAUUGGAGAACACCAGAGUCCCAAAUUUAAAGAUAUACAGAAACUCAUUGCUGAAAAAUUGGAACGGUCUAGAGUGAAAAAGGAAGGUACUCCUGAAAUAAUUUUUGCUAAAGCAUCAAUCUCAGCUCCAACACCAAGUUAUGCCAUUCCUGAAACUACAAGUAUAGGAAGAAAAUCUCCACCCAAUACAUGCCUGCAGCCACCGCCACCAGUUACUAGUGUAGGAAGAAAAUCUCCAUCCAACACAUGCCUGCAGCCACCUCCACCACCGCCAAUUCCGACUCGGCCUUUGGCAAGAUUAGCCAAUUCCCAAAAGUCCCCUGCAAUUGUUGAACUAUUUCACUCCUUAAAGAAUAAGGAUUGGAAGAUAGACUCAAAAGGAUCAGUGAAUCAUCAGAGACCAGUAGUUAUUAGUGCACACAGUAGCAUUGUUGGAGAAAUUCAGAACCGUUCAGCUCAUCUUUUAGCAAUAAGGGCAGACAUUGAAACAAAAGGAGAAUUCAUUAAUGACCUUAUAAGAAAAGUAGUAGAUGCAGCCUUCACGGAUAUUGAAGAGGUCCUAAAGUUUGUUGAUUGGCUUGAUGUCAAAUUAUCAUCAUUGGCUGAUGAGCGUGCCGUCUUGAAGCCUUUUAAGUGGCCUGAGAAGAAAGCUGAUGCAAUGAGAGAGGCUGCAGUUGAGUAUCAUGAGCUUAAAAUGCUAGAACAAGAGAUUUCCUCCUACAAGGAUGACCCUGACAUUCCAUGUGGAGCUGCCUUAAAAAAGAUGGCCAGCCUAUUAGACAAGUCUGAGCGGAGCAUACAAAGGCUAAUCAAGCUACGAAGUUCAGUCACACAUUCAUAUCAAAUGUACAACAUUCCAACUGCAUGGAUGCUUGAUUCUGGAAUAAUGAGCGAGAUAAAGCAGGCUUCCAUGACUCUGGUCAAGACAUACAUGAAAAGAGUGACAAUGGAGCUUGAAUCCAUUCGGAAUUCAGACAGAGAAUCCAUUCAAGAUUCUCUUCUGCUUCAGGGCAUGCAUUUUGCAUAUAGGGCUCAUCAGUUUACUGGAGGUUUGGACUCAGAAACAAUGUGUGCUUUUGAAGAGAUAAGACAACGUGUACCAGGACACCUAGCAGGGUCUCGAGAACUUUUGGCCGGCAUACCAUAAUCAUGAGAAACUACUGACUUUUUAUGCUGCUACUAAUGGUUACAAAUGUUGGCUAUUAAACAUUCAUUAUUCUUUUUCUUAUCUCUAAUGUUGUGGAAGAACCCCUUUGAAGAAAUAUGGAAGAACAAUAAGAUAUUCUGAAGAAAGAAUUCUUCAUACUUCCUAGUAAGGUCAUAAACUGGCAGCUCCCAACUUGUCAUAACCUAGGAAUAGGAUCUUCAGUUCAGGGUAGUUUAAUUUCUAUAGUUAAUUUUGUUAGGUGGUUCUCUCUAGUGCUGUAACAAACAUCAUAACCAGCUUAAUUUUCCUUUUGUAAGUACAUAUGAUUAAUGUUUACCCAGUUACUUUAUUGAUUUAACAGUCAUGUUCAA